AUGGACGAGGUACCCGUGAGAAGGGCGGUGGCGUCUGCCGAAGACAGUCACCAUGUCAAGUUCAACAUUGGCAUGAGUGCUGAUAAGCUGGACGAUGCCAGUCUCGAGAGUGAGCGGCUUCUGUCUCCAGUUCGCAAGACUUCGCGGAGGUUCCUCGGGAGUUCUCGGAACACCUCGUUGUCUUCCUUAUCAGAAAUGUCACAUACGGAAGACCUGGAGCCUCUGAUCAACGUUCGGCCAGACAGUGACGUAAGUUUUGGCGAUUUGUAGCGGGUCAGAAUCCUAUCUUUAUCGAACUUUUAUUCUUUUUUAGUCGAUUUUAAUUGUUUUUUUACGAAAACGAAGUCUUUGUCGGAAAUUAGGAUCUUUGCUCACAAAUUUAGACCUUUCUUUGUAACGGCCUGAUCUUUGAGUUUAAUGACAAAACUUUUGAAGAUUCUGGUCGAACUCUACGAUCUGAAGUUGAAAGAUUCUUGCUCAAAGAACGGAGUUUGGGAGGAAACGGCACGAUGGAUCAAGUACGAAGAGGACGUUGAGGGUGUGGAUCAUAGAUGGGGACAACCUCACGUCGCUUUUUUGUCGUUCCACGCGUUGCUGCAGUUGCGGAAGUGUAUUGAAAAAGGUAUGCAAAUUAAUAAUUUAUAAAUUUUUUUUGAAACUGAUUGUUUAAGAUACUGUAACAAAGCCUUUGAUAAUAUUUUUUAUGAGUAUUUUUACCUUUGAUCUUUAAAUAAUGAAUCUGCAAUAAUUUAUUUUAGGAACGCUGAUCUUGGAUGUGACAAUAGAUGGAUUCCCGCAAUUAUGCGACAUUAUUGCUAAAGCUGUGGUAGAGGAAGGUCAUUGUGCCGUCAGUGCCGACAAAAUCAAAGAAAUGUUGUUUUUGCAGCAAAGGUAUACUGUAAUAUCCAUAAACUUCAAUUUUCAAAAUGAAAUUUUCUACAGUCACAAUGAAAUUUUUAAUUUGAAUCUAAACACACAUCAUCUCUCAUAUAUUACGAAAGGGAAAAACUACAAUAUAAAUGCCACUUUUUAGCCGAGUUCGAACCAGAAGACCGUCCAGAAUCUCCGUAGCAGCCAGCUUCUUCGACUCCAACAAAAAACCUACUCGGAGCUGUUCAGCUGUGCCUCUGAAUCGUCGAAGUUCGGACUAUCCAAUACAUAACAAGUCUAGUCUAAAUACAGUAGGAAGGCCCGUCUACGCUGCAAUUACAGAAGCCGAUGACGGUGACAAUAGACAAUUGUUUGAUCUUGUGGGCGACAGGUAACUUUACUAUAUUAACACUGAAGGAAAUUGAAAAACUACUUACUUUAAGCAAAACUUUCAAUAAUUGUUAUUGACUAGCUACUGCAAUAUUCACUUAUAAACAGAUAAACAACCUAAUAAAUAAUAUUAAAGUAACACUUCGCCGAACAACAAAAGAAAAUGGUCGACACAGUACUCUCGGAAACGGUCGAUAUCUCACAUGGUCAGCUCAACCUUCCACGAGUAUGAUGCUAUAUAUAGUCCUUCAUGUAACGUACUUGUUUUAGGCUAAAACGAGUACAAUCCAAAGACGAUCCUUUCGAUUACUUCAGAGAAGAUAUGGUACUCAAGAGGUUACCAUUGAACACAGAGUCUGCUCAGGUAAAGGAUGUUCCUUCUGAAUUACUAGUAGUACUACUGUAAAGUCAGAGAAGUGUUAUCAAUAACUUUUCAGGUAUUUGUUGGAUCAGUGCCAGAAAUGAAGCGUGUCCGAUUCGUGAUGGUACGCUUCCACAAUCCCCAAUACAUAAACGAGAUCGUCGACCAUAACCUUCCAGUCAAGUUUGUGUUUAUCAUAUUGGGCCCAUCCCUGGUUGACCUAUCGUACCAUGAGCUGGGGAGAGCGCUGUGCACGUUGAUGGCUAACAAGGUAAGACAACGAUAACUAAGGUUUCAAGAAUGCCAUAAUAUAGGGAAAUGACAGGUGAAUCAGUAAGGUAUCAUUGAAAUAACAUGUUUUCUUCUGACCUUUAAAAAUAUAAUUACAUUAGCAAAAGCAAAAAUAAUCUUUAAAGAUAGUGAUAAGAAAAGAAAGCGAUACGGUCAAAAGCUAAGGUAAACGCCUACGUCAAAAAUGGGAAGAAUAUGAACAUCAAUCAUAAGUUACUUUCUAAAGAUCGCUUAAGCGAUGCUUUCACUCCUUGCGCGAUUGUUUUGUUUAGCGUGUUCGUACUGACGUCUGAACACCGUCUUCAAAGCAAAUAAAUCGGGGAUCUUCUUCCGGAUGUAGAUCUCCUUUUUUGUUUCACCAGACCUCGUUAUGGUUCACAAGAUCGUAAUAAUGUCUGGAGAUCAGAUAACGUCUACUCCGUAUUUCAGGCGACUUUACUUGUUAUUGAUUAGCUACGCACUUCUGUACUGACAACAAUAUAACCUUAACUUUACUAAAUAUUUUUUAAAUUUCAAGACGUUGUUAAGGUUGUCUUUACUUUUUUAAAAUUUCUUUGUCCCGGUAAAACACUAAGCCAAAAAGGCGGGAAACUCAAAAAAGAACAAUAAUGAUGUUUAGAUUAAGAUUGUAUGCUCUUUUCGAUCAAAUGUACAUAAAACAAUAUCAUAUACGUAAUGGGAGACCAUAAAAUUAUAAACCUCGAACGGACUUUGGAGCAACUUUAAAAUUUUUGAUCUCAACAAUUUUUAAAAUUCUUGUUUAAAAAUAACUUUCACGCUUCAGGGACAGCCGAGUGUUGUUCUAGAUCAUUAACUGUUUGAGUGCGACAAGUGGUCACUACUCUAAGCAUUUCUGUCAUUGUGCGCGCAUUUCAAUUUUUCGAAAUAAUUAUUUUCGAAUUUUUAAAACACGUAAAAAAACUUAUUUACCUGUGGUUGAUGCCAGAAUGAAAUCAUUCGAAGAAUCAAGACCCAAAAAUCAUUUUGCAAAGCAUUUGUUUGGAAAUUUGCUUCUUCACGUGAAUUUCAUCAUUUUCCCGCCUUUUGUCGCGAUAUGCCAUUAUUGAUAGUUUGUAAAUGUGAAAAAUAAUUAAAAAUUCUUUGCCAAAUUCUCUUACACAAUCUCUUACAAACCUUGCAGGACUUCAACGGCUUUGCCUACAGUGCCAUUUGUCGUGGACAGCUGAUUCGGGCCAUCGACAACUUCUUGGACGAAUCGGUGGUGAUCCCACCGGGCGAGGUGAGGUUUAUCUUGACUUUCAUCGUGUAAUUACAGGUCGAUUCGAAGCGCUUGUUGUCGGGAAAUGAAAUAAAGAAGGCCUUAAAGCGCCGACUGCAUGAGAUCGAAAUGACUCGACAUAAGGGUAUGUUAUGUUACAUUAUUGUUUUGACUCAUUGGCUAGCCACUAUUACUCUUACGUUAUGGUUUUGUAGUUUCAGAGAACAGGGUAAUUGGGGUUACAGUAAUUUGGAUAUGUUUUUAGAAUUGAAAAUCUACUUUUUCGAUGUUUUUAAAUGUUUUGGGUACAAAUUUGAGGAAGAUUAAAAAUGAAGCGGAGCUUUUACAUUUGACUUCAUUCUACUUACUUUUAGGUUAAAAUUGUAAAGUGUAAUACACAUUAAACUAACUCUAAGUUCUGCUUUUUAGUAGAGAGUAUGGAGCAGAAACAAAAGGUUCCAGAAGCGGGAACUUCAAAAGAUUACCGCUUCUUCAAUGGAAUGAUCAACGACAUAGCCAACAGAUUCCCCAAAUAUGGAUCUGACUUUACUGAUGCUCUCAAUUUUCAAUGUUUAACUAGUGUUGUAUUUAUGUUUUUUGCGAGUUUUGCGCCGGCAAUCACUUUCGGCGGACUUUUAGGUAUGUUUUAGUUAUUUUAGGUAACAUUUUAACAAUUUUUGAUGAUUUUAGGUAUAAUUUAGAUUAUGGGUUAAGGUUUUAACUUUAAUUUGUAUCUUUUUAGGUAAAUAUACUAACGAAAAAAUUGGAAUGAUAGAAACGUUAUUCGCACAAUGUAUAUGUGGUAUAAUAUGGGGCCUCUUCUCGGCACAGCCUUUGAUGAUUAUGAGUGCCACGGGUCCUGUACUUAUAUUUGAAGCCAGCUUGUAUAUUGUAAGUUUAAAAGCUUUAUAUGUAAAUUGAUUUUCGAAUAUUUUGUGGAAAUUUGUAUUACCUUCGUCUCAAUGUAAUUAUUACGUUGCUCAUAAAGUAAGGAAAAAGUUAUUUCUUAAAGCAUUUUUAGUUAAACUAUGUUAUAAUUUGUCAUCAGUACCCUUUUCAGUUUUGUGAAUCCUUGAAUUUCGAUUUUAUGGUUAUUCGUUUGUAUGCCGGGAUAUGGGUUUUGGUCAUCGCGAUAGUUACUGUAGCUCUGGACGGCUCUCGGUUACUGGCGUUUGUUACUCGAUUCACCGAAGAUAUCUUUGCAACCCUAAUAUCUGCAAUCUUCAUAGCUGAAAGCAUCGAAUUUGUAUACCAUGUAGGUUUGUAAAUGGUACUUGUAGCUUGAGUUGGUGCUGCUGUACAAAGAAUUUUUAAAAUGUUUUGACAAAGAAUUUACUGAUAAAAAAUAUAUUAUUUUAUGUGGGUGGGGAUGUUGUUUUAACUUUCUUAUUGUUCAAAGUUCAGACGUUUCAAGAGAAUCCGGUAGAGAACUUUGACUACUACGAGACGAUCCAUUCUCACUGUAAUUUAACAUUAAAUGUUCACAAUGACACAGCCGAAGCUAUCAUGUCAUCUUCAGCCGAGUCUUAUCCAUGUACGAUGGCCGAGCCAAACACUGCUCUACUUACAGCUAUUAUCAUGUUUGGUACUUUUGUACUAGCUAUUUUGUUCAAAAAGUUGAGGGAGAGCUUCUACUUGGGCAGACAUGUAAGGUUUUACAUCGAAUUCAGUGAUAUAAUUUCUAAAUAAAGUUAGAGGGAUUACUUAUUCAUAGUACUUGUAGAUGUUGUAUAUAUUGUAACAUAACGAUGGUUUUUUUAUGCCACUAAUAUUUUACAAUUUCAGCUUCGGAGAGCCAUUGGAGACUUCGGAGUGCUAAUAUCCAUAGCUAUCGUAGCCUUUCUGGUUCAUGUGUCUGUGCCUGAUCCUUAUAUUCAGGUAAGUUAACAGUUUAGGUGUAAAAUCAAAACUGUAAAAACAAGAUUUUCAAAAAUACAACUAUAAAAUGAUGUAACUGGUAUAUGUAAUAAUUUAUCGAUAUGACAUUAUCCGGUUUCAGCGACUAGACAUGCCCGACCACAUUAACUUCACAAACCCGGAGAACCGUGGCCACGGUCUUAUCAUAGAUGGUACUCUGACCAAGGACAACUUCCAAGGAGUCUUCGUAUCUUUCAUCGCAGCGAUGUUGGUUUUUAUAUUGUUGUUUGUUGAAACGGAAAUCACUGAGUAAGUCGAUUUGUCACUUUCAUAGGUCAUGGGCCCAUGGCAUGCAUGGGUCAAGAAUGUUGGUUUUGUGGAGCAGUUUUGUUUUUUAAAUUUAUUUUACGAUAGUUUACUAAAUUUUUUUGUAGCCAAAGAUAUUAUCGUAUGUUUUCAGGCUUUUGCUGUCGAGGAAAGAACGAGGCUGUGUGAAGGGCAAUGGAAUGAACUGGGACCUAGUACUAAUAGGCGUAUGUGCACUAUUAUGUUCUGUGUUCGGGCUGCCUUGGAUGUGUGCGGCUGCUGUACAAUCAUUGGCUCACUGUUCGUCAUUAACAGUCACCAAGAAGAAGGCUCCUGGAGCUAGAUUAGGUGAGGCAUCAAUAUAUUUUAAUUAUUAUAUGUGGGUUGAUUGUUAAGACGAUCUUUAGAAUUGUGUUAUAUUUUAUUCAUACUUAAUAUUACGAUUUUUCAGAAGUGGACCAUGUGAUAGAACAACGAGUCACCACAAUAGGCGUGUCUCUUCUGAUCGGAGCCAUAGCCUUUGCUGGAUCGUAUCUUCGGCUUCCGUUGGCUUCACUAUUUGGAGUUUUCCUGUACCUCGGCGUGAUGAACAUGUGCGGAGUCCAACUAAUACAGAGGGUAGUACUGUUCUUCAUACCCGAGAAGUACCUUCCAGUAACCCCUUAUACGGAACAAGUCGGAAUCUGGAGGAUGCAUCUGUUCACUUGGAUCCAAAUAAUAUGUCUGUCAUUCAUUUACAUGGUAAAACAUUACAAGAAGACAGCACUGGCCUUCCCCUUCGUUCUUAUGUUGUUCAUCAUGUUUAGAGAACUUGUACUACCUAAAGUGUUCACUGACAAAGAGCUCAAAGCUGUAAGUUUUUGAAAAAAAGUUGGUUUAAGGCAAUGUAUAGCUAAACAGAUAUGUGGUUUAAGACUAAAAUAGGGUAAAGCUAAAAGUGGCCUAAAACUUGAAGCUCAAAGGGUUUUUAUAACCCAAAGAAGCUUGAUCUUAUUCAUCCUUUCAUAAAGAAGCGUACAAAAAACUUUAAUACCUAUUUUUACAGCUGGACGGAGAAGAAGGCGAAGAUGAGGAAUGGAUGGAUAAAGACUUUUACGAGAAUGCGCCCAUUCCGGUAUAA